AUGUCGAGGACGACACGGACACAGAACGCAGAGGCGGGUCCGAGCCAGUCACAGCGGCGUCGGAAUGGCUUCAGCGACACGCAGUUCAGCACUCUGGACGACGAGUCGCUUCGCAAACCCGAUUUAUCAGAUGACGAAGAUGGGGAUGAGCGGGAGAAGUGGACCAUCGACACCUUUGAGAACCAGCCGGUCAGCAAGGACAAAUAUGGUCACCUCGUAAGCUGUUUUCAGGGUAUCAAGGCUAACAGACAGCUGCGCGCGCUCGAUAACCAGAUUGACGACCUGAUCACGCACGUCGACAUAGCGGUCGCCGAAGCAAAGGACACGGCCGUCGCCAUUGAGGAUAUCUGCCCAGACGACGCGAUGAUUGAUGAGAUUCAGGCAGGCCUCAUCAGGAAUCUGACGACGAUGGACAAGCUGCAGCUCAAGAAGGAGGCGAUAGGGACCAUCCUGCAGCGCUUGAACAGGCAGGAGGACGAGACGAACGAGCGGUUCAUCGACUUCCGUACCGGCAUCUGGGAGGUGAACCACGAGGACGCCGGCUGUCCGCCUAUGUCGACCUGGCUCGCAAAGGGCCCAGACGACGACGAGGACGAGAUCGAGGUCGGCGGCGUGACGCAGACCUUCCGCUGUCCCAUCACGGGCGGCAUCUUCAAGGACGCGUGCAAAUCGACCCAGUGCGGACACUAUUACGAGUACGAUGCUAUCAUCCAGAGCAUCACUGUCGCCACUCGCAGGGGAGGAAACGCCAAGUGCCCUCAGUUUGGAUGCGCGCAGGUGCUCACGAAGGCGAGCAUUCAGAGGGACCCGGCGAUGCAGCGCCGCGCGGACCAGUUCAAGGCUCGCGAGGAGCAGAGGCGGGAGGAGGAAGAAGACCUCGGGGAUCAGUCGUUCAUGGAGCUUUAG